UCACUUAAUAACGUCAGUUGAACCUCGGACAAAGUUAGCUAACUAACGCUAAAAAGAUAAGUUAACAAAUUGCUAAUGUUAUCAGCUGAUGACUGAAAUGUAUUAAUGAGUUAACUUACGUCUAAGUUACAAGUAUAGCAGUAACGUUUAGCUAGUAACAAGAGCAAUGUGUCAACUGUUAUAGCACGAUGACUAAGUUGCUCCUGCCUUUAAGCUAAUUUAGCUAACUAGGUUAACGCUACGAAAUUAAUUUCGGUGCUGUUGAGUACCUCAAUGGGAUAUCUGAACCAAUUGGACAUGUAAAGGACAAUCCAGUUAAUCUUGGGAAUGUUAGCGCAGACCUCGGAGUGUUUCCGUUACAUCUUUGUAUUUAACAUUAGCUAUGUAGCAAUGCUCCAAGCCUUCUUAAAUAUCACAUAUGGUGGGCCGAAUAAUAGUUAAAGUGUGAGACAAGGUGGUGAUAAACGAUACAUGGUGAGGGUAAGUGUAGUUCAAGGAGGCUGUUGUAAUUGUACAGAUAAUUUUCCAGUCCGUUACCACAUGGUGGCACUAAUGUAGAGAAAGCCUGAUUACCUUUCUUGAAACAUGACUAAAGGAAGUGGAUGAGAUGGUAUACUGUACAUGUAUAUCAAUGAGAAAGACCCUGCCAGUCAUGCUGCUCACCUGUCUAGUCAUGUCUGGGUCACUUACUCGGUCUUCAUUUGGAGUGUGCAUGUUGUGACAGAUUUUGAGUUUGGCCAUUGUCAGCAUAGAGAUGGACGGAGAUGACGUCAGUUUUCCUCCAGAUUCAUCAGAUGAUCACUCGCAAAGAGGAAGUGUAGCUUCUUCAGCAACACUUUCCCGUGCUCAAGAGGUGCUUAUAUACCUGUUUGGUGACAGCGCAGUACACUUAACUGUAGAAGGGCUUGGCAGCAUCACUGUGCAGGAGUUGGGCCGCAUUGCUCGCGAAGCUCUCAAUAUUCCUGAGUCUGCACAGGAUGUGUUUGCCUUCUGGUUGUGCUCUCCACUGCUCGAGUUGCAGUUAAAGGCGAGGCAUCAACCUUACAAAUUGUGUCGGCAGUGGCUGGGGCCGCUGUAUCGCUUCACUGAGGCCUCAGAGGAAGACAUUUCACAAGAUGAACCAUUUCUCCAGUACAGACGGAAUGUGUUUUAUCCUAAAUCUAAAGAGCUGCAGAUAGAUGAUGAGGGAGUGCUCAGACUCCUGUAUGAGGAGGCCAGGAGCAACAUCCUCACUGGUCGAUAUCCUUGUGAUCCUGAGCACUGGGCCAAUCUGGGCGCCCUGUCUCUUGCUCUCGAUGAGAGAACUGAUCUGGACAGUCAACAGUUUAUUGCUACUAUAAGAGAGAAGAAGCUGUCUUCUUUUGUGCCGACGCACGUUGCCAUGGGGACUGGAGGGUUGCUAUCCACGCUGAGAGGGAAGUCGAGCCGUCAGGCAGGGUUAGAGCAGAACCUGUUGGAGGAGUACAGGAAGAUCAGCACAUCUGCUGGAAACCCUCUGGAGUCCACUCAGCUCCUGCACCAGUACCUCAACACAUGUCACACUCUGCCUUAUUAUGGGUGCGCUUUCUUUUUUGGUGAGAUUGACAAACCACCACAAGGGAUCCUCCAAAGGGGAAGACGCAAAGCUGUCAACAUUGGCAUCUGCCUGGAGGGAGUUUAUGUGAUGGAUGUCAAAGAGAAGCAUGUGCUGCUUGGCCUGCGUUUCAGUGAGCUUUCCUGGGACCACAGCUACCCUGAGGAGGAGAGGGACUGCCACAUUCUGUGGCUGGAGUUCGAUGGAGAGGAAGAUGGCACUCCUGUGAACAAGUUGCUAAAGAUCUACUCUAAACAAGCUGAGCUAAUGAGCGGUUUCAUUGAGUUCUGUGUGGAGCUGAAGUCUGCAUGUGAAGGAGCUGCUGCAGCCGGGACAGACGGAGAGGUGAGUCUGUCUCAGCAGCCUGCUGCGCAAGACGGCAGCAACAAGAACGGACGUGGAGGACGGCGCGGGAUGCUUCGCAGACAAAGCAGUGUUGUGUGCAGUCGGGUCCAUUCACUUAACACUAUCAGCUACGUGGACAACGGAAAAGAAAUCAAACGCUUAAAGCCAAAACGAGCUGCCUCGUUCUUCACCCGACAGGCGUCUGUGCCCACGUAUUCUGCUGUGCAAGUGACAGAGAGUCUGGAGCAGGGUUAGACCCACUGACCUGCAUGGCCCUGUUCCUUUCAGCGACCAAACCUUGCAACAUUUUACACUGAGAUUUAAAGCAAAGACUUGAUACAAGCUUGAGACAUUUGACUAAUGAUGUAUGAUCAUGUAAAGGACCAAAUGAGUGAUCUAAGUGUGAGUGACGAUAUUUAUCUUCUGAAGUUGUGCAUAUUAAGCGUACAGUGAUGUGAAAACAAAACAACCUGUUAACAGCUAUGCUUCCACAAUUAAACUGAAGUGGCUAUUAAUCUGAUGGCCUUACAUAAGGACGAUAUUCUCUGUGCACCAGAUGAUGGACCUAUUUUACAAGUGUGAGAGGAGCCUAAACAGUCCCUUAUGAAUGGUUGAUAGCUCAUGGCCUUUGUGACCUUUCUGGAGAAGGGUUUAGUGCUAUUACUCAAAAAUGUUAAACCUCAGAUGAGUGUCACAACAUUACCUCUUGUUUCUUUAAGUCUUUUUGGGGUUUGAAUGUCAAGAAUAUUGCAGUAUAUCCCCCUAAGAGGUUUAACAUUUUGUUAACAUAAAAGUUACUACAGACUCUUUACAGUCAGCAUGACGAACACUUUCAAGGAACGAUCUAUGGGUGUGUUCUCACUGUUCCAACUUUUUCAGACUGCCUGUGCCUUGUUCUCAUGAAGCCACUAUUAAGUGGUUGAUCUCUGCUGAUCAUAAAAAGUCUGUAUGGGAACACAUUGGCUGUGUUGUGGAGGUUUCUUUUAAGUACACAAAGUUAAGAUGUUUGAUGUAGUUCAUCUUUGCUACUAUUUGCAGCUGGUUAUCUCACAGGUGGCAUAUCUAAAAAUAUUUCUAUUUGUAAAAGCAGAAGUGUAAAUUUAGCCUAAACAUGUUAAAUGUUCUUAUUAGAAUCUCAAAUUGAACAUUCACAGUAUCAAAUCAUUAUUGGGGAGCAUAACUUGAUUAGCAUCAAUAUAAAAAAUGAGAUUAGGGGCAAGACUUACCCAAAAUGUGUUUAUUAAAUCAGUUAAAAGAAAAGUAAAGAAAUCUAGUAAAAGCUUUUGUCCUCAGCAGGUAAUGCAUUAUACCAAGCUGUUAUUCCUGCCUCUAAAGGGACUGGACUGUGGUUCCUGUUAGCAUGUCAUAUUCAAAGUUUAACUUCCAUCCUAAAACUUGCUUGAUAGACCUAAUCUGACACGAGUGGCUAAAAUAAAAGAAACUCUCCUGUUUAACUGCUGUCAGCACUUUAACUAAACAAAAUGCAGCUUACAUUUCUUACAUUUUGGCUCAUUUAGAAACUAUCAUAAAAUCAAUCAUCAAAUCUGAAAAAUUGUUAUGAAAUUCUGAGAUAUAUGUUUUUCCCAGGACAGCAACAGUGUGCUCUGCUGUUAUAGCCCAGAAUAACUGACCAAGAACUUUUGACUAUGCUAUUGAAAUCUGUCUGUACACCAAAGCAAACCUAUCUAACAUGUACCUUAACACUCCAGAGAUUCAUCUCAGUCUCCACCAUGUCCUCCAGGUGUUUGAACAUCACCCUAAUACAGCCAGCUUGUCUUAACAAACAAGUGCACCUCAGUAAUGGCCAUUAAAAAAGGUAUACAGUACAUGUACAGCACGUGUUCAACGCUGCCUUCCACUUGAAUGUAUGUCCUAAUUUGAGAUGUGGUGGCAUUGUGUAUUCUUUGGAGCAUGCAAAUGGCAGAAUGUUCUUAUUUUCUAUGCUUUAACUUGUAUGUCAGCUGCUGUCUGUAACCCAAUGCAGGCCAAUACAUUGAUGCUAACUUAAACUAUGCAUGUCACACUGUAGAAUAGGCAUUCCUACUACACAUGGGAUACUGCACUACUAUUACUAAUACACUAUUUAUACAAUAUUUUACAUCUGCAGAUUUUGUAUUAGCCUUUAUGAGAGGCCACACCAGAUGUACUUUUUUGUAUACUUGUCAGUGGUUGUGCACUAGAAGGAAGAAGUAAGUCAUUUAGCAUUUUCUUCUCAAGCAGACACUGUGCAGAAGCAUAAAGUGCCUUUUGUUUGUACCAAGUUUGUAUCUUAUUGACUGUUUUGGUGUUUGGAUUCCAGGAAUCUUGGCAUUGCUAUGGUUAAAAAAAAAAAUUGUGUUUUGUAAUGUAUUUCCCACAUUUCUCCUUUCCUAACUGAUGUGACUGUAUUGAUCUACUGGAUAGUUACAGUACUUUGGUUCUUGUACAGCAAUCAGUAACUUUAGUCUUCUUUAAAAGCUUCCUUUUUUUUUUUUUUUUUUUAAUAAACACGCUCAACGUGGCCCUGUUUUUCUGAGUUUGCUUGAAUGAGCGGGGAAAACUUCACUGCCUACACCCUAAGUGUACUGAAGCCCAACUAAUUUUAACUAACAUGUUACCUUGCGUAUGAUUUUAUUCAGCAACAGUAUUUUACCCUAUGUUCUGCUCAGACACUGGCUAUUGUAGAUCUCUUUUUACAAUUAAAGCAACAACCUGCUUCUUAGACCUUAGGUACAUUUAAUAACGUUUGGAAAAAACAAUUUUCCAAACAAAAACUAUUUUUUGUUAUAUACUGUGCAGGGAUGUAAGCAUUAGUUAUUGCAGAUGUUUUGUGAUCACUGCUGUUAAGCUUUUUAUAUGCACCUAAAAAAUCUUUUAAUAUAAUUACCAGUUACUUUCAAAUACCUGAAUGAAAAAACAGAAUAUUAUUCUGCAGAAACAGUAUUGUCCAUGAUGGAGUAUAUAGACUUUUUGUCACAU